GAUGGCCAUAUCUCCCGGUUACCGUAGUCAUGCACACGCCUACGUCAUUUCAUUUACACAGCCGCGGUUCUGCGUGCAACUGAGAUCUAAUCAUUUUUAGCUUUAGCUACCUGUCAAUGAGUGUAAGCUAAGGCUAUGCAGCCAGUCCCGCGUUCACGUCCAGCACAUUUAAAUGUUAAAUAGCAACUAAUAUAUUGUAUUGCCAUUUCGGUGAGAUUUGGGGUUCGAAGAAAUGCAGAAUGGGAGGUCAGUCAGGUUUUACUUAUAAAACUACAGGUUCGAUAUGUCUGCAACCUGUUAGCGACUUCGUCGGAAUCCCUUUGGACCAGGUGAACUUCUUGUCUUGUCAAGCGGUUGCUCUGGCAGCUGCCUUUUGGUUCCGUCUCUACCUCAGUCCCCAGCAUGCCAGCGCAGUGGUCCGCCAUGCCAUCGUCACUCUCAUUGGCGUCUGCUUCCUCAUAUUCUGCUAUGGCUGGUAUUCUGUGCAUAUUUUUAUCAUGGUGUUUGCUUGCUACUGGAUCAUGCUCAAAAGCAGCAUUCACAACAUUCACAGGUAUUCAAUGAUCGUGGCGAUGGGCUAUCUCACAAUAUGCCAAAUCAGCAGAGUCUUUAUAUUCAGCUAUGGGGUCUUGUCUACAGACUUCUCUGGACCUCUAAUGAUAAUAGCUCAGAAGACUACUUCUUUGGCUUUCCAGUUGCAUGAUGGUAUGGGUCGAAAGGCUGAUGACCUCACAGCAGAGCAGAGACAUCUGGCUGUACGGUCCAAGCCUUCUCUGCUGGAGUACCUCAGCUACCACUUGAACUUCCUGAGCGUCUUUGUGGGGCCCUGCAGUAACUACAAGGACUACAUGGAGUUUAUCGCAGGAAGGCACAUUCAGAGCAAGCUGGCAGAGUCAGGCUACUCUGGACCAGAGCCCUCACCUGUGGGGGCUGUCAUCAAGAAAUUACUCAUCUGUGCCAUUUGUCUCUUCCUGUUCAUGACGGUCACCAAAUCUUUCCCCAUCACCUACAACACUGACAUUGAGUUCAUCAGCCAAGCAUCUUUCCUUACUCGACUGACAUAUUCCUUCUUUUCUAUACAAGCUGCGAGACCCAAGUUUUAUUUUGCAUGGACAUUGGCCGAUGCCAUCAACAAUGCCGCUGGUUACGGCCUCAGGUGUGUGGAUAGAAACGGACAGGCUUCCUGGGAUUUCAUUUCCAACUUGAAUAUCUGGGGGAUAGAGACUGCAACAAGUUUCAAGAUGUUUAUUGACAACUGGAAUAUUCAGACAGCUCUCUGGCUCAAGCGCGUGUGCUAUGACCGGGCGCCCCGCUACCGCACUGCGCUGACCUUCGUGCUCUCUGCGCUCUGGCACGGAGUUUACCCCGGAUACUACUUCACCUUCCUCACCGCCAUCCCCAUCACCAUCGCAGCCCGAGCCGUGCGUAAGAACUUUCGCCAGUACUUCCUGUCCUCUCCGGCGGUGAAGUUCAGCUACGACGUGGUUACUUGGCUAGCCACUCAGCUGGCAAUCUGUUACACUGUGAUGCCCUUUCUGCUGCUGGCAGUGGAGCCCACCAUGCGGUAUUACAGAUCAAUGUACUUUCAUUUCCACAUCUUGAGUGUUCUGACUGCAAUCAUCCUACCCUUAAAAUCGACUCGCCCGUACCAGGCUAACCAUUCCAACAACAACCUUCAGGGGAAGUGAUAUCUGCUCCCUAGAUUGGUGCAGGGGCCGGGAGCCUCUGCCAGACAAAGGCCGCUCUGUGCCUCUGUAACAAAGAGCAUUGUGCAGGACUCAUGCUGACAGGCCAGAGGGCGUCGAACUUGGGAAACAUGCAGAAUUCCUGCUCGCGUGAUGCUGCUUCUCACAGAAGCAAGAAAGGAACGGAAGCAGGUGGUCCAGUGUUUUCUGUCAGUGCAAAUGAAGAAUAUGUGCUUGAACUGGGUGGAAAUACCAUGAGUGUGAAACCAAAGCAGUGUUUGCUGCAGAAGCAAGAGCAGUUCUAGGAAAGAGGGAGUGGUGAAGAAUUUGUAGGGUUUUUUUGGGCGGGGAGUGAUUUUGAGAAAACACCACCAUACAUUUUUUAAUCAUUUAUAUUUUUUCAUCAUGUUGAGUGGGUAUAGGGGAAAUUUAAGAACAAAAAAUCGGGUAUACUUUCAAAUAACUUGUAUCCAUAAAUUUCAUAUAUUUAUUACUUUUGAUAUUUACAAAAUUCUAAGUAUUGACACACUUUUGCUAAAAGUUUUAGAUAGCUGAAAUUACAAACAAAAAUAGGAUGCAAUAUUUUCCAAUCCAGAACAAAUAAAUAAAGAAAUACAGCCUUUUACAGGAAAUAGAAAGGUAUGUCCACAAAGAGAAAAGAUAGCUCUACGGAACAUAUUCCAUUGUGGAAUGUUAACCAUGAUGUGUAAACAUCUUAUGGUUUUUGACAGCUGUUUUUUGGCCAAGACAAAGGCAGUCUGAGAUUGACCUUUAAUUGGUGGCACCGACAGUGUCUGAAAUGGUGUGUAGGCACUGAGCCCGGUGUUGAGCCUCCAAUCAAACAAAAACUGGCCUUUUGACUUGGUGUCUCCUCAGGUAUCACUGUCAGCACUUCCCAAUCAGAGGUUACAGCCACUUUUACAUUUUAAUGAAGAUUCUUUUAUUGCACUCUAAAUGGAGAGCUGUACAGGCCAAAGCUUAUAUAUCUGCACUUUUAUUUUUGUUAAAAAAAAGCUAAUCUUUUGUUAAGGCACUCUGAAAGGAUUGUAAACGUCCAGUGUCUGUCCUGUCUUCCAAUAAUAAUAAUAAAUGAUAAUAAAUGGUCAUAUUAUUUAUACAUGUGGUUGAACCCAGUUUUCACAAAUUUGAAAUUCUGAAAUGAUAGACUGAUAAAGUGGAACUGAGUACACGUCCUGGGUUAAACAAAUUUAAACUACUUACAGUACAGUCCCUAAUUAUUUGGACAGUGACACAAUUUUAAUUGUUUUGGAUUUGUACUCAAGCACAUUUGAUUUGAAAUGAAAUAAUGAAUAUGAGGUCAGAAUGUCUGUUUUAAGGGUAUUUACAUCAACAUCCAGGGAUUCAUGUAGGAUUUACUGUCUUUUUUUUAUAGCCCCCCCCCCCCCCCAUUUUCGGGGACCGAAAGUAAUUGGACAAAUGAACAAUCUUAAAAGUUGUCAUAUUUAUUACUUGGUUGCAAAUCCUUUGUAUUCCAUGACUGCCUGAAGUCUGCAGUCUGUAGUCAUCACCAGAUCCUGGGUAUCUUCCCUGUUGUUGCUCUGCCAGGCCUGUACUUUAGCCAGCUUCAGCUCUUGUUUUGUUUUAGAAAAACCCCUUGGUUGCUUUAGCAGUGUUUGGGGAUAUUGUCCUGCUUCAAGGUGAAGCGUUGUUCAUUGAGUUUUGAGGCAUUUGGUUGGAUUUGAGCAGAUAUGAUGUUUCUGUACACUCAGAAUUCAUCCUGCAGUUGCCAUCAGCAGUGACAUCAUCAGUAAAGAAAAGUGAGCCAGUUCCUAUGGCAGCCAUACAUGCCCAAGCCAUAGCAUAGCAUUCAAAGAUAAGGUGUAUGCUUUGGAUCAUGAGCAGUUCCUUUCUGUCUCCACACAUUUCUCUUCCAAUCAAUUUGGCACAGGUUAAUACUCAUCUCAUCUGUCCAUUUAUGCCUACAUCCUGGAGAGUGUUCUUGAUCUGCUCAACAGUUGAAAAGGAGUCUUUCUUCACAAUUGAAAGUAUUAUUUUGCGAUCCACUAUUGUGGUCUUCUGUGGUCUACCAGGUUGUUUGCUUUUGCUGACCUCACCAGUGCAUUCUUGCUUCUUAACAAUGUGCCAAAAAGUUGAUUUUGACUCUCCUAAUGUCAUUAGCACAUUGGCUCUGAUGUUGAGAGAGAACAGCAAAUGCAAAUUCCACACCUAGAAUUGACUGUAGACCUUUUGUGAGCUUUCUUUUGCAUGAACUAAUGAAGCAACAACACACAGAUGGGCAAGAAACAACUGAGCAGCCAAUUGUCCUAUUACUUUUGAUCCCCUAAAAUGGGGUAGUGUAGUAGUGUAUAAAAAGGGCUGCAGUUCCUACAUGGUUUACCUGAUAUGCAAAUACCUUCAAAUUAAAACUGAUAAGUCUGCACCAUGACCUCAUAUUUGUUUCAUUUCAAGUCCUAUAGUAGAGCCAAGAACAACAACAAAAAUUGUGUCACUGUCCAAAUACUUAGGGACUGCUCUAUAUAACCACAAUAUGCCUGUGGAUUACUGACGGUUUUAAAAGAAAUAAUUUUGUUUGUAACAUUUGAUUGAGAAUUCUCAGGGGUAUGCAGGAUUGUAUUAAAAAUUGUUUGGAGAGCGAUAUCGCACAUUCAGAAAUGUUGUUCAUGUUUAUGCACUAUUUAUACACCAUUAGCUUUUAAUAUCCUGAUCAUUAUUUUCAAAUCUGUUUGAAAAUAAGUUUGCUGCAGUUUCCAGGAGUGUAAGAGUUAAAGACUGAGUGGAAUUUUCUACAGAUCAAACAUGCCAUUAAUUCAAUGUUGCAAUGAAUAAAAAAAAUUGCAAUGUAUUAUCUCAUAUAUAUAUAUAUAUAUAUAUAUACUAUUUAAUACAUUAUUUUAAUCUUUCAUUUGGAAGAUUAAUAACAGACAAGCAUAGAUAUGUGUAUAAACGUUUUUUUUAAUGAAUUUCUUUUUCAAAUAAAAUAACGCAGCAGUCGCAUCAAUGAAAUGUUGUCCCUAGAUAGGAUUGAAAUUACUUUCUGCAGGUAAUGCUCAUAAAUAGCUGUCUGUAGAGUACUCACUUUAAAUAAUACACUGCUAAUGAAUAAGAUGGUCCAAAAGUCAGUGCAAAUGCCCUCAAAACGAGAUUUCUACAGCAUUAUUCAACCGUCUCAUAAUUCAUUACACAACUGUGCUAGUAUUUUAGGAGUGUAGGAUAGUUCUGACAUCACACCAGUGGUUGGUUGGAAUGAAAUAUAGGAUUGACUAACCAUGAAUCACUGAGUAAUACUGUAAGCCAGAAUCCAUGAAUCACUCCACAAAGGACUGAGACAGAAAAAGAACUUCUGUGUGUAAUUAAACUACAAUCAAUGGCAGACUGUGUCAAUAAAACAUACAUCUGGCUGUUG